GUUGAUAGAAAACCAAGCGUUUCACCAUGAGUUGUCCGAUGAGAAGUGGUUUUGUGGACUCGGUGCAGGGAGGACAUCAUCUGGGGUCGGAGGCUGGGAUGCUGUAUGGCGAGUACCUGAUGCUGGAUAAGGUGCUGAGCGCACAGCGCAUGUUGUCCGUGGAGGGUAAGAAACCGGUGCAUGAUGAGCAUCUGUUUAUCGUGACGCAUCAAGCCUACGAGCUGUGGUUCAAGCAGAUCAUCUUCGAGCUCGAUUCGAUUCGAGAUCUCUUCAGCACGGAGCACAUCGAAGAGUCACGCACGUUGGAGAUCCUGAAGCGUCUCAAUCGGAUUGUGAUGAUUUUGAAGCUGCUCGUCGAUCAAGUGCCAAUCCUCGAAACGAUGACACCGCUCGACUUUAUGGACUUUCGCGACUACCUUUCGCCAGCCUCCGGUUUCCAGAGUCUCCAGUUCCGGCUGCUCGAGAACAAGCUCGGCGUAAAGUCGGAGCACCGUGUAAAGUACAACCAAAAGUACACGGAAGUGUUUGCAAGCGAUCCGUGUGCGAUAGAACGCAUUGCCACGACGGAAACGGAACCAUCGUUGGCGGAUUUGGUGCAGAAGUGGCUCGAACGGACGCCGGGGCUCGAGGAGGACGGGUUCAACUUUUGGGGCAAAUUUCAGGAGAGUGUCGAACAGCUGCUCAGUGAGCAGGAAGCAAGUGCGAUGACGGAAGAAUUUGAGCACGUGCGUGAGUACCGGUUGAUGGAUAUUGGGAAGCGUCGGGAGGUGUACAAGUCGAUCUUUGACGCACAGGUGCACGAUGCGCUGGUGGCCCGUGGCGAGCGUCGCUUUACGCACAAAGCUCUCCAGGGUGCGAUUAUGAUCACGUUUUACCGUGACGAGCCACGGUUUAGUCAGCCUCACCAGCUGCUAAUGUUGCUGAUGGAUAUCGAUUCAUUGAUCACCAAGUGGCGAUAUAAUCAUGUAAUUAUGGUGCAACGUAUGAUCGGCUCGCAGCAGCUCGGAACCGGUGGUUCGUCCGGAUAUCAGUAUCUACGUUCGACUUUAAGUGAUCGAUACAAGGUGUUUCUGGAUCUGUUCAACCUGUCCACGUUCCUGAUACCUCGCCAGUCGAUACCGCCUCUAACAAACGAAAUGCAGAAAGCUCUCAAUAUGGCCUGGGGAUCACCGGCGCACGUUUUGGCCCGUAAUGGUUCUCUCCACUAA